AUGGUGUUUUUUGGCUACAUGGUGUUCAGCAUCGUAUUUGGCCUCUUAGCUGACAGAUAUGGCCGCUGGAAGAUUUUGCUGAUCUCUUUCCUCUGGGGGGCAUAUUUUUCUCUCUUGACCUCUUUUUCCCCAUCAUACAUCUGGUUUGUCUUUCUGCGAACUAUGGUGGGCUGUGGUGUAUCAGGACACGCACAAGGACUCAUCAUAAAAACAGAAUUUUUGCCUACAAAAUACAGAGGUUAUAUGCUACCCUUAUCUCAGGUUUUCUGGCUUGCUGGCUCCCUGCUAAUCAUUGGGUUGGCAUCAGUGGUCAAUCCAACCAUUGGCUGGCGCUGGCUUAUUCGUAUUGCCUCUAUCCCUGGCAUCAUACUCAUUCUGGCCUUCAAGUUCAUUCCUGAAUCAGCUCGAUUUAAUGUCUCUACUGGGAACACCCAGGCUGCUGUGGCUACUUUGGAGCGCAUUGCCCGAAUAAACCGAUCAGUCAUGCCAGAGGGAAAGCUGGUGGAAUCUGCCUCGGAAAAAAGAGGAAGAUUUGCAGACUUAUUGGAUGGCAAAUACUUACGGACAACUUUGCAGAUCUGGAUCAUAUGGCUUGGGAUCUCUUUUGCGUAUUACGGGGUCAUUCUGGCCAGUGCGGAGUUACUGGAACGAGACUUAGUUUGUGGCUCCCAAACGGAGACGCAGAUGGUGCUGAAUGGGGAUUCGGAAGAGAGCAAGAGCCCUUGUCAUUGUCACCUGUUUGCUCCCUCCGACUACAAGACCAUGAUCAUCAGUACCCUGGGAGAGAUUGCUCUAAAUCCUUUAAAUAUCCUGGGCAUUAACUUUUUGGGAAGACGGAUCAGCCUUUCUAUCACCAUGGGAUGUACAGCUUUGUUCUUUCUGCUGCUCAAUAUUUGUACUUCAAGUACAGGCCUGAUUGGCUUCCUCUUCAUGCUGAGGGCUCUGGUGUCAGCAAAUUUCAAUACCAUCUAUAUCUAUACCGCUGAGGUCUACCCCACUCCUAUGCGAGCUUUGGGCAUGGGCACAAGUGGCUCUUUGUGUCGGAUUGGUGCGAUGGUGGCUCCCUUUAUAUCCCAGGUACUCAUGAGUGCAUCCUUCUUGGGAGCUUUGUGUCUGUUCUCAUCAGUCUGUGUUGUGUGCGCCAUUUCUGCAUUCACACUUCCCAUUGAGACUAAAGGACGGGCCCUACAGGUAGGUGACACUGCUAAACCGUUUAGUACUUCACACUACCACUUAUUUCCUUUGCCUUCAGAUGCUCUUGCUCUAGGGAAAAAGACUAGUAAAUGUUUAAAGUAAUAUGAAUUGAAUUACAAUGCGGACAGUACCCUUUAAGGGAAAGCGUUGAAGACUCGUUAUUUGAUAUACAUCUAAACACAUUACACAUAAAUCCUAAUCUGAUGCCUCAACAUGGCAGAAAAGUGGGCCAUGAAGCUUAGGCCAACAGAAUACCAACUCUGUCAAAUUUCUCCAAGCUAUAAAAAAAAGUCUUGAUAUUUUAAAUAUAUAUCUAUAAAAUAUCCUUAUACUUCAUAUAAAGCUUUUUAAAUUAUAUUUUAAUCUAUAUAAUUCCAAUGCACACACUGGAGUGCACUCACCAAGAUCCUACUUUUAAUGCCUUAUGUUGUAGAGAUCCUGGUUCUUAGAUGUGUCAGCAGUAUAGGCUCUGGCAGCUUCUGCACCAUGCUAGAAAGGCUUUUGAGUCCAAGUCCAGCCUUUGGUUGUCUGUUCUCUUGCACUUUGGAGUAACUUAUUACCAGGCUGACCGAGCAGUACUUUGUAAAAUUGAUGACAAUGUGUAAAGGGAGGUAUUUUAUGGGUUUCAUUUAAGGAGUUAAAAUGAUGUCUCAUCCACAUCAAUGAAAUCAUGGCUCCUUUGUGCUAUGAAACAUUGAGGAACAUAAAAACACAAAACUAAAUCACUACCAAUGUGACAAUUUUUAUAAUUCAAAUUCGGGUCCUUUGAACUCUCAUGGCCAUCUCCACUUAAGAUGUGUUGAUAUACUGGCUAAAUUGUCUGGGAAGGGAAGGAAAACUAGGUAUUGGUGAGGAUAGAACAUGACAAAUAAGAGAGACAAUGUCAUAAAAAAACCUUCUGGAAUGUAGGGGAUCAGAAAGGGCUUGGUUGCUGAAAAGAGCAGCAACAAAGUUGAGAAUUCCUCAAAGACCCAGAGGAAUUGGUGUGGGAAUCUGUCCUUUGUGCAGUUGGGAAGCGGGAGUGGCUUCCCAAGUUCUGAGGCAAUGGCAUGGUGGAAAAGUCAAGAAUGAUUUUGAGUUGACCUGAGAGAAGGUAAAUCAUUUAAACUCAAGACUUAGUUUAAUAUUUUCAUUGACCAGAGGAGAGCAAUUUUGUGUGUAGCUUUAAAGCAGCAAUGAAUUAGAAUAAUCAAAGAAGUUCUGUUUGGUGUACCCUAAAUAAUAAAGAACAGAUUUUUCCAAGCCUAUCUGGCUGGAUUUUUCCUCUUGUCCAACUAUAAAGGUCCCUUUGUAGUUUUGUUCUUUCCUAGUCUCCCAUCUUGGUAGAAAUCUUACUAAGUGCUCAAGACUGAUUAGAACAUAGCAGUUAUUUGUAUUUUAAGAUUUUUGUACAUUUUAUUGCUUCAUAAGCUCAGCAAUGAUUCCUAAACAUUCUCAUCUCAUUGAAAAAAUGUUUUCCUUCUAACACUGGACUCAACUUCUCUUGUUUUUAAUUUGGCCCCCCUUAUUUUCUGGUUACUCUUCUUUGAGGGUUCCCACCCUCCAUUUUUGGGGAACAAUAAAAGGCAGAUGAUUUCAUUAGUGUUGCUGGAAAUGUGAAAAUCCACUCCACUAAUUCAGAGAGGCAAUUUGUCUAUAAUUUACUGUCUUAAAAAGAGAAUUCAUCUAUGGUCAGAUUCCAAAAUUAGCCUUAUUAGGCCACAAUCGUUCACUUAGGUUCUUGGAGCACUGAAAUUCAAUUUGAAAGUGAUAAAUCCUCCAUUUAUUGGCUCCAUCUGAGAAAUUAUUUGUAAAAUCAGUAGCUUUUCUGCUUCCUUUAAAUGAGUACGUGGGUCAGUGCUACAAAAUGGGGGGAAAAAUUUAAGUAGUGUAAAAAACAGGACUCAUCCUGGGGCAUCUUUCUCAAGAGAAUAUAUGUGACCUAAGGAAUAUGUUAGAACUCAAAAUACUAUUUUAAUCAACAAAGACAGGUUGUCUUUAUCUCUUCUUUGUUCAUGCAGCUUUGCGGGAGAGUUUGUGAUUGUACAUUCCACAUAUGGCCUAGAGGAAAAAUAAACCUCUUAUUAUUAGUUACCAAAUCUAACACAUUUGGAGAUAAAAUAAAAGCAUUCCUCCUUAAUUUUCUUUUAAUAUUUUCAACAAAGGAUCAUCCAGUUUUCUUAAAACUCUUCAGUGUUAGGUAAUUAAUUAAAUCUUGAAGUACACUAUUUCACUUUGGGAUAGACUAUAAGAUCUUCAGCAAAAAUCUGCUCAAUUUUCACCCACUAUUCUCACAAUUCUGCUAUGUAGGGCCAAUAAAACAAAGGUGAUUUUUGUUCCUACAUACAGACCUUCUGUUACUUUGACGUAGUUAUCAAGUCUCCCAUCUGCUACAGAUUAAAGUUCAAACUGAUCCCCACAUGGAAUGGCUUUGAGUGCAUUCUCUAUCCUGAAUAUGCUUUUUGAAGGUACUCUAGGUUCAUAGGUAUCUUUUAGAGUAUUAUGGUACUUAUCUCCCUUGCUUUUAGUACUAUACUUUUAAAAUGACUGUCUUAAAUUCCAUUAGCUUUUUUGGAACGUCAAUACAGAAUUUAGUUCACAUUCUCCAAUUUAAAAAACAACAACAAAAAUCCUAAACAUUACAUUUUCCCAGUAAAAUGCCUACUAUUUUAUUAGUUGGCCCACCCUCCAAUUCUGUUGAGAUUUAUCUUUUCAGUUCCAAAUUCUCUCCCUCCUACUUCCAUACACCAUACUCAUCAAGAAGCGCAUUACAGAUAUGAAUAGUUAAGUAAAAUAAUGUAUUUAUCAAUGACCUUUCUAGGCUUUUUUCUUUAAAAUAUUGUUAUUGUAUAAAUUAUUCUCCCUCUGCUUGCUUUACUUUGUAACGGCUCACAGAAAUCUUACCAUACUUCUUUUGAUUAUUUCUUAUAACACAAUAAAAUUCCACUAAUAUUUACACAGCACAACUUGUUCAGUUAUUCCCCAAUUAGGAGGCAUUCCCUUAGUUUCAAAAUCUUUGCCAUAAUGCAGAUGCACUUUAUUUUCAUACAUAUAGGUCUUUUUUGUUGAAUGUCUUUGGCGUAGAGACCAAACAUAGUAACAGUAUUGCUAGGUCAAAGGGUAUACACAAUUUAAUGGGUUUACAGGAACAUUUCCAAACUACUUUUCAGAAUGGUCAGGGCCAAUCUAUAAUGUUAACAUUGCAUUCAUGUACCUAUCUUCCCACAGGCUCUCUAGUGUAUCAUUUUCUUUUUGUCAAUUCUGACAAUCUGAUAGGUGUGUAAAGUGGCAUUUUAGUGUUGGCUUAAAUUUCUCCAAUUUACUGGUAAUUAAUGAAUUAUUAGUGAUGCACAUCUUUUCCUCUUUGGCCCCCAUUUUAAUAGCUUAUAUUUCUUUCUCUGAAAACUGCCAGCUCAGACAUAUCCUUUGUCCGUUUUAUAAAGUGGAGAAUGGCUUAUUUUAAUUUGACUCAUUUUCUAACUAUCUCAUAAAUGAGAUUUUUAUCAGUAAAUUGCUAUAAAGAGUAUUCUUAUUUCCUGUUUUUCCUUCUACUUUUGGCUGCAUUGGUAUUGUUUGUGCAAAAACAAUUUUAUGUAAUGAAAAUUGUCCAUUGCUUGUUUUGACCCUUCCUGGCACACAUGAUGAUACUUUUCUUUGAUUUGAUUCAGUUUAUGGAUCUUUCUGUACACUUCUCUAUUUAUCACAUUAUUUUUUAUAGUACAUUAAUAUUCCAAUAUAUUCAUAUACAAUUUGUUUAGCCAUUCCCUAGAAAGAUUUCAAACUCAGUCCCUUAGCCAGAGUCCACAAGUAUUUAUUAAAUACUUACUAUACACAGGGGCAUGAUACCCAUUCUAAUACAGAAAAAAAACACGUAAAGAACUAUAUACACCCAAGAUAUACACAAAAUACAUCAAGGGGGCAAAUGCAAGACAAUGUUAAAGAGAAAGCCAAAAGAAAACUUCUUUCCCUUGGAAUUCAUACCUCUCAUCUAUAUUUACCUAUUUCUGUCAAGGACACAACAUCUUCCUGUCACAUAAGUUAACACCCUCUACCAUCAUUCAGUGAGGGCCCAGACUUUGUUGAUUUUACCUUCACAUCUCUUAACAUCAUCAUCCCUGUAGCCAACAUGACCAAGUUCAGCAAUGAUCCUGCCGCCUCAUCUUUCCUUCCCCCAAACCAUUCUCUAUAUAUUUUCAAUUAAGUGAAGGGAGUCAGAAAAGGAUUGAGAAAAGGAAAUGGAAACAAUGAAUUCAGGCCACUUUUUUCUAGGAGUUUGGCUGAGAUUUAAAUAAAUAAGAAGGGAAGGCUUGAAAGAAGCAAAGGAAUAUAUUUAGGCACCAAAGAACCAGAAGGUAGAGAUUUAAACCUGAGAGGUGAUUGUGAGAGGCUAUGGGUUGAAAGAGGUGGUCAAAAGUACAAAAUGAGGGGCUAACUUUGGAAGUAGUAAAUGGAGGAGGAUAAUAUCAAAGCAUUUUUUAGGGGAUAUCUUAAAGGUUCUCUAUUUUAUUUUCCCAGGUAGCAAGGUGAGGUUCUGAGUUAAGAAGGAAGAGGAAAUGUUAUGGAAGGUUUAAGAUAGAAACAGAUUUGAACGACCUCUGUAAGGAGUAAGACUUAGGAUCAAAUACCAGGACGAGUAGCCUUGCUACAGAAAAGGCACAUUGAGGUUAACAAACUUGUAGUAGUCCCAGUCAACUUGUUUGUAUAAUUUGUUUCUAGUUCCACUAAGCAACACCUGAGAUGAGCAGGAGAGGUGGUAGAAAUAAUUCAAGAUUGGAUUUCAGUGUCAGACAGCAAAGAUAUUUCAGAGAUGACAGGGUCUAUAAAACUAUUUGAUUAAGAAAUGAGAUUAGGAGACUACAGUGGAUGGAGGUUCUAAUGAGGAUAAAUAGGUGUAGGACGGAUUAGAUAUUGAGGGACAAGAGCAGGUUGUAAUCUCUUAAAAUUAUUUCAGCAUGUGGUACCCGUUAAAGUAGAAUUCUUUGAAAUGUAGUUUUGUCUUUGUAUCCUUAAGCACCUCUUUCUGCAUGGUACUUUCAAAAUCCUCACUGAAUUCCACAAUGCACUUGACGGUUCUCACACUAGCCUCAUGGAUAAAACGUUAACUACAUGAGAUGAAACUGAAUGACAGGACCUAGUCUUUUAAGGAGAGUGCAGAUUUCAGCAUAGAGAUAUCCUUUAGAAAAAGCCUUCUAAAUGUAUUCUUGGUGCUGCUCAAUGUUAGCAUUUUUAUCAAUAAUUUGGAUGAAGGCGUGAAUGUCCAUCUUAUCCCAUUUGCAGAUGUCUCCAAAGAUGAAAGGUAGGAGAAAAGAUCUUAGCGCGUCAGAAUAUUUGGCUAAUAAAAUUCAAUGAAGUUGUAAAAAUCACUUUAAAAAAAUCAACUUCCAAAGAUGAGAUUUGAAGAAGUACCUAGACAGAAAUUCAUCUGAAGAUGUUUUGGGCAAGAAGGCAGCAGAAGGUUAUCAGAGUACUUAGGCUGGUGUCAAACUCAAAUGGAAACAGUGUCAUUCAACCAUACAUAAAGAUAUCUGCAGGCUACAUGUUAACUUAGUUUAAAAUGUGUUAUUUUGUAGGUUUUAGUGUAUUUUAAUGUGAUUUGGGCAAUACAUGAUGCUGCAGAAUGUAUGCCUCUCUUUGUCUUAGUCUGUAUCAACAGAAGCAUAAAAUUGGCUAGAGGAUAAAAACACAGGAUUGCCACUGUAUCUGUUCAUUUAAUUUUAUAGCACAAACAGCACCUUAUGCUGAAGCAUAAAACAAGGUGUGCUUAGCCAAAGUAAUUUGAGAUUUUGAUGGAAGAAAUCCAGAACCAGAAGUUGAAUCUUGAGGUUCUUGCUGGAAAAGCAAGCAACUAUUCUUCUUUUAUAGGCUAAGGUCCAAGAGAUGGACCUGUUUGGGGCUGUUAUUUUGAUGACUGACACGCAUAAUCACUCAAUAGAUUUAACUGUCCAAAAGGGAAAAAGCAUAAGGUAAAGAAGGUCUUUUAUCCAAAUUACCUUACAUAGGCAGAAUUAGUCCUUGACUUGGUACAUAAAGGGAAAAAAUUAGUUAUUUUAUGAAAGCUUUGUUGAUUACAUGAUGGACAACUAAUCUAUCCAUCAAUAUGAAUCAUGGAUAUUGUAGAUGGAUGAUUUGGAAGCAGGAAUGAACAAGAGAUAAUUAAUUGGAUGGCCUUUGGAAGACAACAAAGGUCUUUCAAUGACCUUAAACUUCCUCUUGAAAAAGCAAGGGCUCCUCUUUCCGACAUUAAUAAACUCCUAGUGAUGGUUUAAGGCUGUGAGUAAUGGAAAUUCUUGCCCAAAAAGACAAGGAGAACCACAAGGGGGGGGCGCAUGAACAGUCUGGAAAAUAUUACUAACACAGAUUGUGCAGAAGUGCUAUGAAUAAUGUCAACCACAAAAUGAUCCAGAGAGACAGGCCAGUUACAUAGCAGAGUUAACCAGUAGACAGUCUAUAUUUCUCUCUGGCAGCCUCCACAAAGAUUCCCAGUAUAUGAGGUAUAUGAACUGAAAUAAAUUUGAGAGGUCACAUACAACAAAUGCAGAGGGCAAGAUGACGGCCAAUAAUCUGCAACCUCAGAGAGAAUAUCCAUAUGAAAUAAUCUAUUGGAAUAGUGGAUUUUCCAGAACAAGAAAGGUGACUGUCUUUGCUUUGAGAGUUUAUAUGGAGCAUUGCAUUCACUUCUGGGUGCCACAAGAAAAACAGAAUGUUUAAAAUGGGAUAAUGAGAUGAAAAGUCUUGAGAUCACACCACAGGAGAUUUGGUUGAAGCACCUGAGAAUGUUUAUAGACUGCUUAUUUAAGGUCCAUCCCAACUCUAAUAUUCUGGAACUCUCCACACAGGUACUGU